GGGCUCUGUGUGCGCGUGUCGGUUUGAAGAAGAAAAAAUAAAAAAACACUCCCCAACAGAAAAAAUAGAAAAAAUCUAAAGGAUAAAAACUUUCACAAAUCAAAAAAUUUAUGUUUAGUUUUUAAGUAAAAUACGAGAAAAAACAACAACGAAAUUUUAUAAUAAAUCCAACAACAACAUGAAUUCCUUAGGUUUGCGAGUUGCCUCCGUUAAGACUGGUGAUAAUGUUAGAAAAAAUGCUGAAAUGCGAGCAGCCCUGGUCACAUUGCCCAAACAAUAUGAAUUGUUUGACGACACCUAUUGUUUGGAAAUGAAAAGUGCUAAAACUGUGCCGGAACAGGUGUUGUGUGUUAAAAAUACCUUUAAAAAUCUAGGCACAGAUGAAAAGGCUUUACAGUUCUUAUGUGAUAUUUACUUUUCAAGUCCCCUUAAACAUCCUGUAAGGAAUCAAAUUUUGAAACUUUUAAUAACGGCUGCUAAGUUGGGUACUGGUGAUUUGGAUGAAUCAUCGAUUGUUAAGGCUUUAGUUAAUAGUUUACAUAGGCUGGUAGAGGAGGGCAAAACUCACACUGAAAGUUUGAAUUGGAAUUUAACCAUAGCCUCUUUAUCGGGUUGUUUUGAAAAUUUUGAAUGUGGCCUUAAAGCCCUGGAACAGUGUAUCCAUAUAGUGUUUCCUUAUGCCUGUUCUUCCGUUAAUAGAUAUGUAACAGAAUUGGGCGUUUUAAGCUCUCCCUCCGUGCGCAAUGAAUACUAUAUGUAUGUCCACAAUUCCAUACGCUUCCUACUCAAUUGUGUGCAAGAAUUUGGCAAAGUUAUGAAAACCUCUCACACCGAUCAAAUCAAACAAUUAAAUACCAACUGUAAAGAGAUUAUCCUAGACACAGAUAUACCCAUGGAUCCACGCACAAAUGCGGGCAUUUUAAUGGCCUAUAUAGCUAAACUUUUCGAGGAAUAUGAUGCCUUUGUGGCCUAUGUUAAGGAUAUAAAAAAUCCCAAUGAAAUUGCCAUGUGUGUGGGUAUUAUCAAUACCUGCGAUCAACAUGAUUUUCAACAAUAUUCCGCCGAUAUACGUGAUAUUUGUGGUAAAAUAGAUGAAAUUGCCAAUGCUAAUGCCACAGUACCCAAUAUCUUGCUAUGUGCUACCCGAGCUUUAUACCAAAUCUCCAAACUUACUUAUACUUAUGCCUUAAAGUCACCACAAACUUUAGAUGAUAUUAAAUUAAUAUUGCGCAAACUUUUGAUAUUUACCGUGGCCUAUUUGGAACAUCAUAUGGAUAGUGUUAGGCAUAUAUGUCGUGAUCUAAUGCGUAAUAUAGUGGCUUGUUCGAAAAAGGUGCAAUUUGAUUUUUUGUUGCAAAAAAUCUAUGAUGCCUGCAAUUCAGAUCGUUUGUCUUUAUCCAUGAAAUGUGUAGUUUUGCAGCAGGCUGCUUCAAUACUGGGAGCUGAUGAGAUUAUUAGCAAUUGUUUGGAUUUAUUUUCACAUCUAUUUGCCACCAAUUUGGGUCGAGAUUUUAUAGUGAAUAAUUUAUUUGAGACUUUAAUGAUAUCCCAUCACAAAGAGCAGCCCUUUGAAAAUUGGGUCAAACUCUGGAUCAAUUAUCUGCUAAAUAUAGCAGCUAUGCAGGAUGCCCGCUUGCCGGACAUAGAAAUACUCAUUGUUAAGGCUGUUAAAUGUGACUGUAGAGUAGUACAAACUAUAAUUAGUUGUGAGGAUAAACCAAAAAUCCCCAUUAGCACAAAAUUAUCAGCCCUAUGGGCUGUACGUAAAUCAGGUAUAAAAAUAGAUAAUUUCCAAGAAAUGAUGCAACAAUUUUCGAAAAAUUUACAAUUAUCCAUACUCUCCAAUGAGGAUGAUACACGUAUUAUGGCUUUACGUCUACUGGUGGAGACACACAAAACCACCGAGCCAUUAACUUUAUUGGAAUGUAAACAUUUGCUUACUUAUUUGGAGUACAAUACAAAUUGCCAGAGUCCGGCUACUAGACAAAAAAGUUUAGGUUUAUUGAGUAAAGGAUUGGUGAGAUGUGAAUUGAAUUUGGUUAAGUUGCUAAAGGGAAAACAACCACCUAAACUAGUACAAAAUCAGCCAUUGGAAUUGAAAUUUUUACAAGAUUUUAUGCGUAUAUUGGUGGAGAAUCUCUUUGAGGGAGCCAACUUUAGUCGAAGAUCGGUUUCAUUGCAAUUGCUGAAUCAGUGUCUAACCAUAGGCAUAAAUUGUAAUUUAAAGCUGUUGACAUUGCUGCCAAAAACAACAGUGACAGCUUUGGUUAACACUUUGGCAGAUCCCUAUGAGUCUAAUAAGGAACUGGCGGUUACUAUGCUAAAAUUGCUGGAGGAUAAUAGUGAAUUGAGUUUGAUAGAACAAUACAAUUUGAAUAUUAAUUUACUGGAAUUGCAGACUAUGUUGACCUCAGUCAAACCCACGGAAUCGGUAACCGCCUCUUAUCAAUUGGAAUUUUUGUGCAAUAAAUGUUCUCCCGCCAUAUUUGGGGACUAUGAUUUACCCAAUUAUGCCACCUGCAUGUAUGCUGCUAUCAAAUGGCUUUUAGCAGAACUUAAACAAGGCUUAAAAAUGGCCAAACAAUCUAUAUUGGAAGCGGCCAAACUAAAUCCUUUAUAUGGUUUGCUUUUGGCCAUAAAACAUUUACUAAAAAGAUUGGAUUUUGCUUAUCUAAGUCAAGAGAUCACUUGGCGUAUUUUAAUAGCGGAAUUAAUAGUUAUAUGUAAAGAUUUAACCAAUGUGGUGGCUCCCAUAGUCAAUAGCUCCUCACCGGAGGGUCAUUUGCCCAAUGAUUUUAGUGAUUUACCGCAGGAAUUGCAAACUAAACAACCCAGUCCCGAAAAGAAAUCCUCUUCACCCUGCAAGAUACUCUCCUCUAAAUUGCGUAAAAUUGAUAUGGCCUCGGUUAAGACAACACCACAAAUGGUUUUAUUAUGUGCCUGGCGUACCGUGAAAGAGGUUUCCUUGAUAUUAGGCGAAAUAGUUAUAUGUUCUCCCAUACAAUUUAACAAACUAACCGAACAUUUUCUAAUAACCAAAGAGCAGAUACUCGAAAUAGGAGAACAUUUCAAACUUUUACUCUCAGAAACUAAACAUCGGGGAGCUUUUGAACAAGCCUAUGUAGGUUUUUCAAAAUUGUGCUGCCGUUUGUGGACGGUGGAGUCCAAUGACUUAAAUUCUUUGCCUAUGAUAUGGCUAAGAGAUUUGAUAAACUUAAUCUCUAAAGAUGAACUCAACAAUGAAAAAAUUUGCGCCACCAGACGCAGUGCGGGAGUACCGUUUAUGGUGCAGGCUUUAAUUACCUCCGAACUGCAAGUGGGCUCUACCAAAUCCCUCUACUACUGCAUGACUCAUUUACUGCAACUCUGCUCCGCUAGUGAUAAAACUUCAGAGUCACGUACCCAUGCCUUAAAUAUAUUAAGAGCUCUCUUUAGAUGCACCGAUCUUAAUGAGGCAGUGGGUGAAUUUGUUUCCGAAGGUGUUAUGGCCGCCAUACGUGGUUAUGAUGCCAACAAUUGGUCGGAGAAAAAUUCAGCUACACUACUCUUUGCCUCUCUAAUAACACGCAUCUUUGGUGUGCAGAGAACCAAGGAUUCUGAAAACCUCAAUAUACGCAAUAAAAUGACAGGACGUGUUUUCUUCCUACGUUAUCCCAAACUAUACGAUUUCUUUUUGGAACAACUACAAAAGGCUAGUGAUUUAAUACAACAGCAACAAAAAGCCCACAAAUUACAUCCACUCUUAUUAAUCUUAAGUCGUUUAUAUCCUUCGGCCUUAGAAGGCACUGAAUCUAAUUUAAAAUUAUCCGAAUUUAUACCUUAUAUCUCUAAAUGUGGUGGUUGUCCGGAAAUGCAAACGCGUUUUUUGGCUGCCAAGGCUAUAGUGGCCUUGAUUAGUAAAGAUGAAGUGGUUACUAUGAUUUUAACCAAAUGUGCCGAAAUGGUGUUAAUGGCUGAUGGUGUUUAUGAAUUUAAAUCAAAUACUUUACAUGGCAAUCUACUGCAGAUAUUGUAUUUAGUUAAAUAUCACAAAAUCUUAUCGACUGAUGACUUGAUUGCCGACAUCACUUGCUCCAUAGUUAGUGUGCACGAACGUACAAAACUUAAAAAUGCUGUAAUUUUAAAAGUAAUGCUAGACAUUUAUAUUGAAAUUUUAAACAGUUUAACUACCCUUAAUUUUGGUCCUGCUGUUGUACAACAACUUUUAUAUUUCUCUACUUUAACGACCUUAUGUGAUCCAAAUAUGGCCUUUUAUUAUCCCGUUUUAUACAAAUCGAAUUUCCUAUACAAUUUGCAUAUCAUGCGUUUAACUUUGCCUUAUGGUGCUCUAUCCGAUUAUACAUUAAGUCCUCCUUUAACCAAUAUGCCUUUAGAACAAGCUGAGACCUGCCUUAAUAUAAUGUUACUUUUACUAUUGAAAGCUAAAACAUUUAAUGAAACUAAUGCUGCAGCUUCGGCCUCUGAUAAUGCUGCAGCUGCGGGUGCAACUUCGUUAGAUGAGGAGACCGUUGUCAAGUUGUUGCCCCAGGAUUAUGAGAAUAAUGAAAUUUUACAGGAAUUAGAAAUAAUGCCGCAUGAAUAUCAAUUUGUUAGAAUCUUAAAUGAUGAUACUAUGAACGAAUUGGCCACCGAAUUGAAAGAGAGCAAGGCUUUACAAUUGACCCUUAAAGAAGUGGUUAAACUUCCGUUAUAUUAUCCCGAGGCCACAAUGAAAUCCUAUGCUGUUAUGAGUUUAUUAAGUAAUUUUGAUUUUACUUUGACAAAUCUAAUAAAAGAAUCGAAAAAACAUCCUGGCGAUGUUAAAUCACCCAUGAUGCUGUGUGUGGAACGUAUAGUACAAAAUCAAGGUGUUGAAUAUAAAUGUGCGCAAUUGUGUCUGGAAUAUUUGACGGAGAUAUCACAACCCUGGCAACCGGAUUGUUUGAGGUUUAAGGCUGCCAAUCUAUUGGUUUACAUUGCUGUCCACUAUCCCAAAUCGCUGGAAAAGAAACGUAUCAAUUUUGUGCGCUCCUAUAUACGUUUAAUGCUGAAUCUAUUGAUGGACGAUGAUUAUGAUAUACGUGACUUUACCGCUAAAAUAGUUUUACACUCGCUACCCGAUGACAUUGAAUUGGGUUUGUCUGAUAGUUUAAGUAAUAAUGAUUUAGUUAGUUGUUUAAACAUUCCAAUUCGUACAGAAAGUGUUGUUUCCACCAUGGCGCAACGUUUGUUUUUACAAUACACGGCCGAUCUUUUACUAAACUAUAGAAUGGACGAUACUUAUAUCUUGGAUAUAUUUAAAUUAAUCACUUCUUGUCUAACCACACAAUGUUUGGCCAAAGACGAUGAUGAUCAACACUCGUCUUCGUCUUCCUCCGGUGGCGGUGGUAGUGGUGGCGGUAGUAUUGGUAGUUGUUCUUCUUCUACAGAUGUCGAAAUCUUUGAAAAGAAUGAGGCUAAUGUCUAUGCCGAACCUUUAAAAGCCAUUACCGACACUGUGGUGGUGUUUAAGUGUACAUUUCGUUUGCGUCCGAAAGUUGUACGCUUUGUGGAAUCAUAUUUACAGGAUUUAACUAAUCAGGGAUCAGUGCUGUAAGCUUAUAAAAUAUUCGUAUAUAUCUAUUUUAUUUAUAUUAUAUAUUUGAACAUAUUGUAUAUAUGUAUUAUUGAUAUUUUCCUUUAUCAGCUUAAUUUAAGUAUUUUGAUUCAUAUUUGACAACAUUUUUUUGGUUUUUUCCCUUUUGGAAGGAAAAGAAGAGCAAAAGUAAUUCAGCAUAGUUUUUGGGGGGGUUUUUAUUAACAGCAUUCAUACAUAUCACUCUUUUUAGUCAUACAUACUUAGGGAAAGUUCAAGCUUUUUAGUGCAAACAAGUUUUUAGCUUAAAGAGCUUUUGCUUAAAAUUCAUAUUUUGUCAAUGAAAAGCCAAAUUUUAUGAGUUUAAGCAGAGAACUUUUAAGUUUUUUAAGACCAUUUUCCGAAAUUUUUUAGUUAAUUUUUAAUAACUUUUUUCAAAAGCUUUUUCUAACAAGGUUUUGAAUAAAAGCUUUUUCUUAAAGUUUUUUUUUUAAUUUUAUAAAAGCUCAUUUCUUAAAAUACUAUAAAAGCUUUUUUCUAAGAAAUUUUUGUCUUAAAAGCUUUGCCCCAAAGCUUUCUAAAUGCUUUGUCCUAAAAGCUU